AUGACUUGUCCGUACGCACACUCGAGUCUUGAUGAUUCGAAAGUCAAUCAUCAACUAGAAACAUUGGAUUAUUCGACAUAUUUACGAACAGAUCUGCUUCUAUCUGCAUUGAAAUGCCAUAGCCAUACCGAUCCGUUGGAUAACAACAGUCCGCCUAUUCAUGACGAACAUUUCUUUAUUCUGGUUCAUCAGGUGUUUGAAUUGUGGUUUAAGCAAAUUCUGUUCGAACUCGAUUCGAUUCGAGAUAUGUUCAAUCAGUGUGAUCACGUAGUUUCGUCGAUGUUUAAUAUUAAUUUACGAUUGAAACGAAUAGUUAAUGUUUUUCAAGUAUUAAAUCAACAAUUUCAAUUGUUAGAAACGAUGACACCGAUUGAAUUUCUCGAAUUUCGAAUGUAUUUAACAUCCGGCAGUGGAUUUCAAAGUCUGCAGUUUCGUAUGAUCGAAAUUAAACUCGGCCUAACCGAUGCGUUCCGAAAUUUUUACAAAACGAAGUAUUUCGUUCACACAAUGUUCAAAGAUGAACAAUCAACUCAACUGAAACAAGUCAUCAAUCAAGACUCGUUAUUAAUUCGACUGGAAAAAUGGUUAGAACAUAUCUACGAUACGACAUCGUUUAAUUUUCUGGAGGUAUUCACUUCGUCCGUCGAACGUUUUAUCGAACAUGAAAGACAGGAAAAAACAAGUAAGGCGGAUGAUAUGGACAUGGAGACAGUUGAAGGGCAAAUUGAAGCAUUGAAGCGAAAGUUUUCAACUAUGACCGAUUCGAUAGAAUACGAAAAAUUAUUGAAUACUAAUGAACGUCGAAUAAGUCACAAGGCGAUGCUAAGUGCAUUGAUGAUUUCAUUGUAUCAUCAAGAACCGUGUUUCCAACAAGCUUAUCAGAUGCUUCAUUUACUCAUGGAUAUCGAUUCUCAGAUGAUCGAUUGGCGUCAGAAACAUAUUCUACUGGUGCAACGUCAAAUCGGUCGUAAACCGGGCACAGCGGGCACGGAUGGAAUCUUUUAUCUUCAGAAAACAAUGACUGAAAAAUACCAAGUCUUCGUUGAUUUGUUCAAUAUUUCGACCUAUUUGAUUCCUCAGAGGUACUUACCGAAGUUUACCAGUAAACCGAUUGAAUCAAAUUCAUCGUUGUCUUCGUUGACGAUUGAAACGCUGCGAGAGGUACCAAUCAUCACUCAGCGUCAGUUGUCAAUAAAAGAAGAAGAAAUGGAAGUGAUCUCUGUGAAGAUCGUUCCACACUAUUUGUUAUAA